UAACCAAACAAUUCUAGACUUUUUAUAUGUUUAUUUAACACUUACGAUCAUAUAGUGUGAACAUUAAUUAUCCAGCAACUUUUUUUAUGUCACAAUCUAAAAAAUACAAAUACCUUAGAUAGGCUCCACAGCUGAUUACGUAUAUCGUAUAAUAUAAUAUGUACAUGUAUGACACAUGAUACCUGAUAUUGACAAAUGACGGUACGACCCUGAAUCGUCGAUGACGCUCGCGCGCAUGGCGUAAACACGCUCUAGUCUCGCGGUUGUCACGAUUCUGGACUGUCAAGCGGACGCGGACCGCGCGUUGAGUCUGGUAAUGAAUGUGACGCGGUCGGUGCGCGUUUUUCCUUUUGCGUCCAAUACGUCGCGAUUUAAAUUCUAGCUGUGCUUUUUCCUCGUGUUCUAAACAUGAGCCACGUUUUUCGUCGCGGUGCGUCCGUCAACGACAGCACGGGUGUGUCUGCCGAUUCGGUCAUGCUCCGAUACGGCGCGAUCAAGUGUACCAGCCGUUUCGUCGAAGUGUGUCGACGCGAUCGCUAGGCCACGCGCGCGAGGUUUUUUUCUUUUUUCACCGAUAUGCACAAUUGACGGACCGUCGUGAUGUCAGUAACAGCGGCGACGGACGACGACAUUACGCAGGAUAGAUGUGUUGUCACUUGUAAUGGCAAGGACGACGUGCCGGUGGUGACACAGUCCACCACCAGACGUGGGCUCAGGGUCUACAAGAUCGUGGUGCUGGGUGACGGCGGUGUUGGCAAGUCAGCUGUCACUCUCCAGUUUGUCAGUCACAGGUUCCUAGAGUAUCAUGAUCCCACUAUAGAGGAUUCGUAUCAGAAGCAAGUGGUCAUCGACGGAGAAGCAGCUCUGUUGGACAUCUUGGAUACAGCUGGACAGGUUCGAGAUUCUUAUGUGGAAUUCACGGCAAUGCGCGAGCAAUACAUGAGAUGCGGCGAGGGUUUUAUAAUCUGUUAUUCCGUGACAGAUAGACACAGCUUUCAGGAGACGUUGGAGUAUAAGAAGCUGAUAUCGCGGGUGCGCGCCAACGAGGACACUCCUCUAGUGCUGGUUGGCAAUAAAUCCGAUCUACAAUUACAGCGAAGGGUGACCACGGAGGAGGGCAAAGCGGUGGCGGAGGAGCUAGGCUGUCCGUUCUAUGAGACAUCCGCCGCGCUCAGACAAUUUGUAGAUGACGCGUUCUUCUCGUUAGUUCGGCAGAUUCGCGCGAAGGAGAGAUCCCGCAACUCGCAUCGCAAACGCAGCCGUUGGUGGCGAAUUCGUUCGAUAUUCGCUUUUAUAUUUCGACGCAGAAGACACGCUUCUCAUCAUUCGCCAUAAAAUCGCAUUUUCGAGAUAGUGAGUCUUUUAUUAAAAAACAAAAAAAAAACAAAAAAAACAAAAAAAAAGGGAAAGAAAAAAACCGUGUAAAUCGAUAGAGAAUAUAGCGCUUUGACAAGAAUAAUAAGCAUUGUGUCAGAUCACAACGAAGAGUAGGUAUAUUGCCUGAUAGGUUUUAUUUAUAGUUCGCGUGAUGUAGGCUCCUUUGUUUAGAGACUGACGAAUCGUCAACAUCUCACUGCCUUAUCAUUGACCCCGACAUUUAAUAUUUAAAGUUACACAGUAAAAAUGAAAAAUUGUUGGGCCGACUUCGGAAUGCAUGAUUUGCAACUUGUUUCUUGGAUCCGAAAUGUCGGACAGAUCAAACAUUCUUGUGCUGCUCAAUAAUAAGAAGAAACAUAGAAGACAUAGUGAUAUGUACACACAAUAGAGAUACGAUCCCCCGUAGUGUAUACAUAGAGCAAAUAUACCUCCGACAUAUUUUGAGAUUGUUUUUCAAAAUAGCUGUGUUUUUUCGAAAGCUAAUAAAUUUUUCAGUUAACAUAAAACAAACUUCUUCACGAAGUUUGGUAACGAUAAAACGGGAGAUAAACAAGAGCCUAAAACAAACGGAUAGAUAGAAUUCCAACUAUUUCUCUGAUAUCGUAGGAGAUAUUUAGAUUUUAGUUGGUACGUAAUACAUGACUGUGUAACCAAAGAAAAGUAGAUGGAGUGUUAAUAUAAAGCGCAAAACUAUACAGGGGACGGCAGAAGUGCGAGAUAUUAUGCGAGAGCUUCACGAUGCGAACUAUUGUACGAUUAAUCACUGGAAGAAUGUGAAAAAAAUCGCGUUUUUUUUUUUUUUUUUUUUUUAUUUAUUUUAACUAAUUCGAAAAUGUAAAUACGCGCGAGACGUCAUAUAAAUAUAUAUACAAAAAAAAGAGUAUUUUAUAUUAUAAAUUUAGAAUACGCGCUGCUAUAUAAAAAUUACGUACGAGAGCUACACGAAAGUUACAAUAAGUUGCAAAGUUUAGAAUUGUUAGUGUCUCUCUUUUAUUUAAAAGAAUUUACGAUAAAAAAAAACAUGUACACAUCAUGAACAAUUAAAAACUGAUGAUAAACACGAGAUAUUACAUCAUUUCUGUGCGUCGCAAGUACAGAAAUUCAUACAGGCAUGAGCAGAACUCAUAGAUAUCUGUGGUAAAAUAGUUGAACAUAUAUAAUAAAUGCCUCGAAUCAUCGUAUACGCAACUAUUCAAGAGAAGUUAAUAGAGUCAUAUAUAUACCAUACACCAUUCGUGAUUUUUCAUAAAAAGAUAAAUAUAAAUCAGUUAUUUAUUCUUUAAUUUCACGAAUUGACGUGGCAAAAUGUUUGCGACAUAGCUAUAAAAGACAAAAACGGGAACUAAUACACAUAUAAAUAUCAGAAAAAAAAAUCAUGUAGGCAACUAUUGUAGUCCGCAUAGUAAUUAUCUAGUCGUUACUUAAUUUUUCCUAGUCACACUCUGCAUUUUGUUGUAAUACAUUAAUUUAUAUCUUGUCAGUUUAAUUCUGUAGAUAAAAACCGUUGACCAAUGUGCACUUUUACAUCACCUUCGAAUAAUCUGUUAUGGUUAUCGUAAUGAGGAAAACUUAUUACGAAUAUUUAUACAUGUAUGUAUGUAUGUAUGUGUAUACAUAUAUAUAUAUAUACAUACACAUACAUUAGUAAAUUAACAUUUACACAAUUAGUACAGAGCAGGCGCAUUUUUUUCAGUUUCGGACACUAACAACGCUUUUGGCGCGUUCACGCGUUUAUUGUCGUUCCCACUUUUUUUCUCGGUUCCUUGUGUUUUUUUAUUCCUAUAAACAUAUAACACUCGAGACUCCAGGAACGGUAUGUUAGGUCGAGCUUUGGGCUUUCAGCGCACAGUUUACUGCGUCGGGAAUACAUUUAUUACAUAAUUAGUGUAUACAUUUAUUUUUACGUCAAUAUCGUUCUUGAACUCGGGUGUCAUGUGUGCAUCACCAGUAAACAAAACAGAAAACAAUGGGGGAAACGGCGUGCGUUGAACGUCGGCUCUGACGCCGUACAAUACAUUUAUACACAUAUGUAUAUAAUAUUUUAUUAUUGUAACAUAUACAAUAAUUUGCAAGAAACAGAAAAAAAGAGAGAUAUAUAUAUUAUUAGAAAAUACUAAUAAUUAUUAUUAGUGGUAGUAGCAGCGAGAAUAUGUAAACAGCGAAUACAAAGUAUUACCGGCAGCAUUGACCUUGCAAUAUGUAAAUUAACAUAUUAAAAAAAAAAAGGUUGUAUCGAUAUAAAUAAUUAUGCCGAGAUAAUAAGUAUAGUUGCAUGUGUUUAGAAAACUUCAUGUGUGUGAACGGAAACAUAAAAAAUAACAUGGAAACAUAAAAUAUUCUUACUUUCAUAUCAGCGAGAGAAGUAUUAUACAAUACCGCUCGUCUCAAUUAAAAAUUAUGAGACAAGCACUGAGUAGCUAUUAGAAAGAUACAAAAUAUUUACACACAAAAAACAAACGUUAGUUAUUACAUUUUAUAUGUCGCGACGUUUUAUCAGUUAGCUACGAGUAGUAAAAUUACAAGCGCAUAAAAUGGUAUAUAUACAUAACGCGAAUUAUGGAUCUCGUGCAU